AUGACAAUGGUAACAAAAGAAAUCAUCAAAUUCUUUUUCCUACUUGAAUUGCUUGUGGCACAUUCACAGCAGACGACGAUUAAAAUUGGCGUAUUAUUAAUGACAGAAGCCACUGAACCUUUCGAUUUAAGACGAACAGGACCUGCGUUGGAAAUUGGUUUCGAAGAUGCCAAAUCUAACUAUGGUAUUACGUUUGAAGUGUUGUAUCAUAAUUAUACAGGAUUUUGCCCGAAAGAGACAGUAAUCGGACAUCUUUCGGAACUUUAUUACGAAGACAACGUGAAAGCGGUCAUAGGACCGGCUUGUUCCGGUACGAUCAUUGCUGCCGGACGCUUGGCACAAUAUCUUAAGUUGCCAAUGGUUACUGGAUUAGGAGAUCUUGUUGUAAGAGACCCGAUGGACAAUGAUAUGUACGAAAGUCUUACUAUACUGUCGUACAAUUUACGGAAACUUUCAAAUUCUAUCUCAGCCAUAAUGCAAGAAUACAAGUGGAAGAAUACUGCUAUCAUAUACGACCUGACCUACGUUUUCUUCGAUCUUGCGGCUUCGAACCUCGUGUACGACUUCAGAUUAUCUAGUACAGUUGCACGGCCAUAUGAUGUCCCAUUCAUCCCAGACAAAGUAUCUGAUUACGGAGACCUUCUUGUAGAGGCUAGUGCGCAUGCCCGGGUUUUCAUAAUUUUCUGUAACUCGGACAUGUUGAGAGACUUCCUGUACAGGGCAUAUCAUCUGGGCAUGGCAAAUGGGGAUUACGUUUUUAUAACCAUGGAGUUAUUUCCAAGUGACUGGCUUGGAUAUUACACGGAAUUCCUUCGAGGUGACGAGAAGGACCAUGAAGUGACAAAGGCGUAUGAAUCUUUGUUACUGCUCACACUUAGACAGCCUGAUAACCCGGAAUACGAACUAUUUGCGGAACAAGUGAAACUUAGAGCCAAACGAGAUUACGGUUAUGAAUUCGGAGCUGGGGAGAAGGUGAAUUAUUUCAUAACAGCAUUUUACGACAGUGCCAUGUAUUUGGCGUUGUCGUAUAAAACUGUCCUUGACGAGGGAGGGGAUAUCAAUGAUGGAAUGCUCGUUGCCCAGCGACUAUGGAAUUCAACAUUUGAUGGUAUAACAGGGCCCGUUAAAGUUGACGGUGUUGGAAAUCGAGUGGCUGACUUUGAUGUUUUUGACAUGAAGUCGCCGGAUACGAGGGAAUUUCAGUUGGUAGGAAGAUUUCGUGGAGCAACGCAGCAGUACGUGACCGAAAACAACGUCGACAUUGUAUGGCCAAACGGACUUCCGGUAAACAAACCACGCUGUGGAUACAGCAACGAACUUUGCAUUGAACCACCAGAUAACAACACAACAACAAUAAUCGUGAUCUGUGUUUCUAUUGUUACCUUGGCAACGGUUGCUCUGAUUAUUAUUUCAUUGUCAUACAGGUAUAGUUACACGAAAAUAAAGUCAGAACAAGAAUUAGGCCGCAAGACAUGGUUGGUUGAGUACAGUGAUAUACAGAUUCGUAAAGGACGUUUGAACGACUCGUUCCUAUCAAAGUCACUCCUGACUCUCGAUACAAAAGAGGAACUUGCGCAGGUGUUUACUAGAACAGGGUAUUGUAAAAAUCAGACGGUUGCUAUUAGAAAACUGCAUUUACAAAACGUUGAAAUUACACGCCAGAUUGCUGUUGAGUUCAGACAGAUGCAGCUUGCCUCUCACGGAAAUAUUGCAAAGUUCAUUGGGGCGUGUCUGGAUAAUCAACACAGUAUUAUUCUUAUGGAAUAUUGCCCACGUGGAAGUCUACAGGAUAUGUUACAAAACGAUAGUAUAGAACUAGAUUGGGCAUUCAGAUAUUCGCUCAUCAACGACAUAAUUAAGGGAAUGAUUUAUUUACACUACAACAGUCCUAUUCACGUGCAUGGUCGCCUCUCGAGCACGAACUGUGUAAUUGACAGUAGAUUUGCUCUCAAGCUGACCGACUAUGGUCCAAAAAGUCUGCUUCUUAAAGACAGAGCAGAGGAAAGAAGAGUAUCUCAACUUGCACGUACAUUUAAUAGUGGAAAGUUGCUAUGGACAGCACCAGAACAUCUGUGUUUGACUCCCGGGGGUGUCAUCGGCUCGUCACAAAAAGGCGAUGUUUAUUCUUUCGCCAUCAUACUUCAAGAGAUUGCAAUGAGAGCAGGGCCCUUCGAGGGUAACUCGCAAGAUGUAGAUGAAAUAUUAAAAAUACUCGCCGAUAACAAUGGAGAUAUUGUGCGACCAGUUGUCCCUCCAGAUGCAUGCUCGUCAGCCCUGACCUAUAUGAUGAAAAAUUGCUGGCAGUCAAACCCACUAGAUAGACCUUCAUUUAAUGAACUCGAUGAAUCUUUCAGAAAAAUGCGAGUAGGUCAAACGACGAACAUCAUGGACAAUUUGCUACAACGUAUGUCAAACUAUGCCGACAAUCUAGAGGCACUCGCAGCUGAAAGAACAAAGGCGUAUCUAGAUGAAAAACAGAAAGUAGAGGAACUUUUACAUCGACUCUUACCACCAUCGGUUGCUAGGCAACUUCAAUCUGGACAACCUGUAUCACCAGAAACGUUUGAUUGUGUCACAAUUUAUUUCUCUGAUAUUGUAGGAUUCACUACAAUUUGUAGCAAAAGCUCGCCAAUUGAGGUUGUAGAUCUUCUGAAUGACCUGUACACCGCUUUUGAUAAUGAAAUAGACAGAUUUAGAGUAUAUAAGGUAGAGACUAUCGGAGAUGCUUACAUGUGUGUUUCCGGUUUACCAGAAAGAAUUGGAACGUAUCACGUGACCGAGAUAUGCAACAUGUCGUUAGUUAUCUUAAACACCGUAAAACACUUUACAAUCAGGCACAUGCCAAUGCAAAAACUAGAAGUUAGAAUUGGGGUACAUUCAGGACCAGUCGUAGCAGGGGUGGUUGGUCUGACAAUGCCGAGAUAUUGUUUGUUUGGGGACACUGUGAAUACCGCAUCUCGCAUGGAAUCUACGUCAGAAGCAUCUAGAAUACAACUAUCCAGUGUCUCAAAAAGAUUGUUAGAGGAAUUCCCAACAUACAACAUAAAGGAACGAGGAGAAAUCGAAAUUAAGGGUAAAGGUCAAAUGACGACAUAUUGGUUAGAGGGUUGCGACAGGAAAGAGAGCGUUAUUGCUCCUGGAGGAGUCAUGUAUUAA